AUGGCGUGCCAGACGUUCGGUGCGGAUUCUUUCUCCCAGCUGGCAGGAGAUCCACCUUUGCCAAUCCUCAUGCACCACGGCCCUGCCAGUGACUGCCUGCCAGCCACUUCCCAUACUCACAGCAUGGUUUCUGCAGGUCUGUCUCUGGGUCAGACCUCCAAACGCUCCCACAUGCACCUGUCCACUUCCUCCCUCAGCAAUGCUCUUGGUAAUGGACCCCCCAGCUUACAUUACCCAGUCACCCCCUGUCACUACAGCAACCAGCAGGCCACAUAUGGCAUGAUGGCCGCUCAGGAGAUGCUAUCAGCCAGUAUAUCUCAGACUCGCAUCUUGCAGACCUGUGGUGUUCCUCACCCCAACAUGGUGAAUGGGGCUAAUCCACUGCAAGGGUCUUUGACUCCUUGCAUUUAUAAGUUCCCCGAUCAUGGGCUGAGCAGCAGUUCUUGUGCUUUAAGCCAUGGCUUCUCCUCGCUGCCCUCUACCCUCCUCACAGCUGAUGAGGCUCCAGGGGGCACUUGUGGGGAGGUGAAAACGGAUGCUCAAAGGAAGAGCAUGAGAGACCAAGAGGAUGCUCCUGCCAUGGACUCCCCACAGAUAAGAGAGCUGGAAAUGUUUGCAAAUGACUUCAAAAUACGUAGGAUAAAGCUCGGCUACACUCAGACUAAUGUAGGCGAGGCUCUUGCAGCAGUGCACGGCUCAGAGUUCAGCCAGACCACAAUCUGCCGCUUUGAAAAUUUGCAGCUGAGCUUCAAGAACGCCUGCAAACUAAAGGCCAUCCUGGCUAAAUGGCUUGACGAAGCCGAGCUGGCUGGUGCUUUGUACAAUGAUAAAAUAGGAAUGAACGAGCGGAAGAGAAAAAGAAGAACAACUAUCAGUCUUGGCGCAAAAGAGGCCCUGGAGCGCAGCUUUGUUGAGAAAAGUAAGCCAUCCUCCCAGGAGAUAGCCCGAAUCGCCAAAAGUCUCCAUCUGGAAAAGGAAGUGGUCAGAGUUUGGUUCUGCAACAGACGCCAGCGGGAAAAACGAGUCAAAACAAGCCUCAACCUGAGCUCCUGUCUGACCAAAAUCAGUCCAAACUGCCUCACACAAAUGACUAAAACACAAAGACCAAUCUAAGGGAGUCUUAGACUGAGUGUGUCAAUUUGUCUUUCUGAUAAGUUUAAGCGUGACUGAAAAACUAGUCAAUAUCUUCAAAUGUUUGGCCUAAAAGUAAUCUUUUCAAUUUCACUUGAGAGACUUUUAUCUACAGAGAACAGAAAAAAAAAUCUUUUUUAUUAAGCAACUGCGAAAGCAUCACAGCUUUAUUCAAGGAGGAUUUCAUCUCGGUAUAAUAAAUAAAAAGAAAGAGGAAAACACUCCAUUACUAGGUAUGAAACGUGAAGGUCAUUUGCAAUUGCAAAAGUCAGUCCAAUUUGCACAAACAUACAUUAUUGUAGCUCUUUCACACAGUGAAGAUUUUUCCCUCUUCACUUUGAAGGAAAAAGGAUUUUCUAGAAUGUUUUAUAUCAUUUUCAAAAAAUAAACAAUACCACUCUAAAAUCAAAUUUAAAACAACCAGUGACUGCCAGUGCCUUUUGUUCUUGUCGUUAAAAUGCAGCUUUAAACUGCAUGUACUUAUUUAUAUUGAUUAAAGGAUGAAGAUAAGUGCUCAUAAAAUCACAAUUUUUCGAGACUCUAUCAUCACUUUUACUGUCAUUAGAAACGUUUUGUUACUUUAUACAAUUGAUAUUUAUUGUGUUUUUGUUAUUCUAUUUGUGUAUUUGCAGUCUAAGUUGACGUUUUUGUGCUAUAUCUUUAAAUAUGCACCAUGAAGUUCAUGCAUCCACCUUUUUAUUCUGGCCAUUCAGGGUCACGUUCAGGUGACAAACAGUAUCGGGUAGUGACACGCUUUGCUUCAAGCGUGUUCUUGAACAUGCAUCACAUGACUGGUGUGAACGUAGCAUAACAAGAGCCAACAAAACCAACAUGAAAUAUUGUUGCUCUAACUAUUAAAGUAAACCUAAUAUAUUUUAAUACUCAUGUAUUGCUCUAUUUAUGAAAGUUAAUUUAUCAUGUGAUCUUUUGUCAUUUAAAGGAUUUUUAUUUUUACAAGUAGAAAUCAAUACUUGGCUUUAAACAUGUUUGUGUUCAAUUGUUUUCCAAUUGUUAGUCAGCUUUUUUUACUUUUUGCUGCUUAGAUAAAAUCUCAUGCGGAGAUUAUUAUCAGGAUAUUUUUUUUCAUGAAACUGUGGAUUCAAAUACAACUUGUGGACUUUUCUGUUACAUGAUAUUUAAGUGCAUGAAGUUUUAAUAUCUAGUAUUUAAAAGAAGCUUUAAAUGUGAAGGGAUUUUCAAAAUGUGCCUUGAAGAAACACAAUAGACUAAAAUGAAAUGUUUUCUUUAAAUUGACACAUUUUCUCAUUUAAUUUGACAUAUUCUCCGUUCUUUUAUGGAAGAUGUAAGUAAAAAGGGUUAAAUGUGUUUCAUAAAGUAUUUUAUACCAGACAACUCAUAUUUUAUACGGCUGUAUUACUAAAUCAAUACAUAUAUUCGAAGACAGAGGCUGGGGGGAUUCAUAAAGAAGACGACAGGAUACUUCUAUUGAGGAGCAGUCAGUCUCCGAUGUGAGUUAUGUUUGGUUGUACAGCUUGAGUGCUGUCAGGGGAAAUAAAUGAAGCUGUCUCAGAUGGUUCUUCCAGUAUAGAUUGUAAAGUUAACGGUCAGAUUUAUUCAGGAUAAACUUCUGAGAUGCAUCUCAAGCUGCUCUCACAGCUUCUUCUGUCUUUUAGCUGCUCAUUAAGAUAGGUGAAUGGAAAUCUCAUAUUUAUGUCUUUAUCAGAUGUGAAAUAAGUCAUGUUAAUGGCUUCGUCAAUUUGUUAAGUGGAUUUCAGUCAUGCAGUAUCAUCACUGCUAUGAGCAGCCUUCAAAAUAUGAGCUUAUGUCUUUAGAGCAUUUCCUUAGUUUAGGUGAUUAAACUUGGGAAGUGAAGAAAAUUAAUAUCUAAAGGGUGAUUCACCGUGUCUCCCACUUGUUCUUGGAAAAAAAAAGAAACUGAAUAAGAAAUCAAUAAAUUAAACAUAUAUUUUAACUAUCCACCUUUUUAUUGUGAAGAGAUUAACACAAAUUUGUAUUUAACUAGGCUAGGUAAAUUAAGCCAAAUACCUGUGAGUUUCAGAUUUAAAAGAGAGAAAAAAAAAAGAAGAAGUCAUGAAUGAGCACCUUCACACUGCUCCGACAAAAACAUUCAAGUGAAUACUUCCCAUGAAAAGUCAAUGUAAAUGCAUGUAAAAGAGUGUCUUUGGCUCCUGCAUUGAAAACUCUUUAAGUUCACAUCUUAGUAUGCAAGUUUUGUAGUCAGUUUUCAGGCUCAGUGGUGAAAGUACAUGGAAUUCACAGAUUGCAAUUUGUACCCAGAUGGAAUUAGUUUUCUUAUAUACUGGAAUCAAUGGUUGUAUAUAGAGAACUGGACCGAGCGGGUGUGAUGUCACCCAUAGAAAAUGCCUUACCUCUGGCUCCAGCUAAUUUAAACCAAUUCAGUCGCCAUUUUUCUAUGAUACGUGCACUGCCAUUUGGAGCCAGUCGACAGUGAUUGGUCCGAGUCGGUCUGAGUCAGUGUUUCUAUGGCAACUACUGUUUCCAAUCCAGAGAGAGCUUGUUUGAAGUCCACAUCCCUUCUGCUAAAAGCAGGCUCGGAAGUAGGGUCAAGGUGGCACCACAUGCUUUUAGUGAGGCAUCUGAUUGGUCAGUUUAUUACUUGGAAAAAAGAAAAAAAAUAUCUUAAAAAAAAAUUAAGAUUGGAUAGAAGAUGUGAAGAUAAAUCAUCAGAGUACUGGUAAUAAUGGCUAUACUGACGAUAAUAAUGACAGAGUAAAAGCUGUUUAUUUCUCAGUAGAAGUCUGAGAUUUUGGCUUCUUGGAGUCAGCUGAUAUCUCCUAUUUGGAACUCGACAGGGGGGAGGGUUCACUCAGUCCUAUUGUCUAUAUACAGUCAAUGAUCAGAAUAGAGCUGCGAAAUAAAAAGCCUGGAGCAACACUCGGGAGAUUUCUACAACUCUCACCAAGCUUCCUCCAGCUUUAGGUACAUGCACUUGCAUCUUUUAGAGAUGGUCCAGUGUGUACAUCAUAUUGUGUCCUGUGAUUUAAUUAGUGCCUUAAAAAACGAAUACACUGCAUAAAGAGGCCGGAUAUCAAGAGUUCUGGUGAAAACGAGGAUCACUUUGGUUCUCUAGAAGGUUUCAUUUUUAGAUUUCAAACAAGUACACACUUAAAACAAAGAAUAACAUCCCAAUCAUGCCUUACUUAACACAGGUAAUAUCCUUAUUGAUAUCAAUGUAAUUUUUCAUACCCUCUUGUGCAAAUCUUCUGACAGCCACUGAUUUGUGGGCCUCCCUCUAGACAGAUCCUCUUUCUGCCAAUAAAAAAAGACUUGCUCCAAUCCAUCAUUCUGUCCAUUACUUGAUUAACUCACUUUUGCAUCUUUUUCUUCAAUUUAUUCAGAACUCCAUAAAUCUGGUAGUUCAGGGGCCCAACCUGCUUUUUUAUUCUAUUUUUUAUCCCAUUGUAUUUUUGUAUAAUAAAGACUUGAAAAUAAA